AUGACAGAGGUUCUAUUUUUGAAGGCACAUACAGGCUGGUCUACUGCAGAUGAGCAACUGAAUAAACAACAGGACCUACAAAACAGGACCUACAAGGCCGAGUCAGGUGAAGUGCUUGCUGGAUCUUGUGCUGGGUUAAAACCUAAUGUUGUUGUUUAUGCAACUCUGGUUGAUGGGUUCAUGAGGGAGGGCAAUUCGGACGAGGCGUUUAAGAUAAUCAAGGACAUGUCUGCUGCUGGUGUGCAGCCGAACAAGAUCACCUAUGACUAUCUCAUCCGGGGCUAUGUGGGAAAGAUGGAGGAAGCCAUAGAGUACUAUGAUCAGAUGCUGGAGAAAGGAGUGCACCCUAAUGAGUUCACAUAUGAUGCUUUUAGGGUUCUCUCAGUGAUGGAGAAGAAUGGGUUAGUUCCUGAUUUGCAUAUAUACAGUUCGUUGAUAUCUGGUCUUUGCAAGACAGCUGAUGUGGAGAAAGCUGUUGGCCUUCUUGAUGAGAUGGGUAAAAAAGGAGUGGAGCCUGAUGGAUACUGCAAAGCUGGUGAUAUCCAUGAUGCUAUUGGUCUUUAUAACGAAAUGCUAGCAAGAGGGGUAACCCCAGAUGCUUUUGUCUAUAGUGUGCUUACCUCUGGCUGCUCAAAUUCCGGGGACCUUCAACAGGCUCUGUUUAUAACUGAAGAGAUGGUUCUUAGGGGAUACGCAAGUAUUUCUUCUUUCAACGCCUUGGUCCAUGGCUUCUGCAAACGUGGAAAAUUGCAGGAAACUGUGAAGUUUCUCCACAUGAUGAUGGACAAAGACAUAGUGCCUAACAUGCUGACUGUUGAAAAUAUCGUAAAAGGACUUGAUGAGGCUGGGAAACUCAGUGAAGCACACACAAUUUUUGUUGAGCUGCAACAGAAGAAAGCUUCGCAACAUGAUAAAGAUCACUUGUCCUCAUUGUUUACAGGCAUGAACAAUCAAGGACUAGUUCCUCUAGAUAUGACACAUAACAUGAUCCAGUCUCAUUGUAAAGGAGGAGAUUUGGAUAAGGCUUUGAUGCUACAUGAUGCUCUUGUGGCAAAAGGUGCUCCCAUGAGCUGCACAUCUUAUCUUGCUUUAUUGGAUGGCCUUUGCUGGAAGAGCAAACUGACCGAAGCUUUUAAUUUGCUAAAAGAAAUGGAAGAGAUGGGUAUUUGUCCUUCCGAGGAUCAGUGCAUGAUACUGUUAAAUGACCUUCACUCGUCAGGAUUCAUCCAGGAAUACAAUGAAGUAUUUGAUACUAUGUUGUGUUACAAGUGGUUACAAAAGGAAAGCAAAUGUAAUUCGGUUGGUAAUAGUCAGGAAGCUGCGAAUGCAGAAUAA